GAUAGACAGCAGCCGAAAUUGUUGAAGCAUGAUUAUAGUGCUCAAUAUAUAUUUCCUUCAUUCAUGAUUUCUACUAUACCCGAAUUUGCAGGCUGCAGCCAAAACCUAAUUUAUGAUCGCUCAACCAGCAGUUGAAAAGAUUUGAUACAGGGCUACUUAGCAUUUUGAAAAUGGUAGAAGAGCCAAGGCCUGCUCAUUGCCUAGUCUUCCCAUAUCCAAUGCAGGGUCACAUAAAUCCCAUGCACCAGUUUUCGAAAACCUUGGUUUCCAAAGGACUUAAGGUCACACUUGUUACUACAAAAUUUAUGUUCAAUUCUUUGCAGCAAUUGUCUGGUUCCAUGCCAAUUGAGACGGUUUCAGACGGGUACGAUGUAGGUGGGAAGUAUGCAGCAGAGAGCAUUGAGGUCUACUUGGAUAAGUUUAAGCAAGUUGGUUCAGAAACUCUGACACAGCUGAUUGAAAAAUUGAAUGCUACAGGCGUUCCGGUUGAUUGUAUUGUCUAUGACCCUCUGAUGAGUUGGGUUCUUGAUGUCGUAAAAAGCUGUGGACUGGUUGGUGCCAUUUUUUUUACACAGUCAUGUGCUGUGGACAACAUAUAUUACCAUGUGAAACAAGGGGUGAUUAAGGUUCCUGUUGUUGAGGAUCGAGUUUCGUUGCCUGGACUUCCGGUUUUAGGACCACUGGACAUGCCAUCGUUUGUUCAUAAUCCGGGGUCGUAUCCAGCUACCUAUAAUCUGGUGGUGAAUCAGUUUUCGGAUAUUGAUAAAGUGGAUUGGGUGCUCUGCAACACGUUUUACAAACUGGAAGAAGAGGUGAUUCAAUGGAUGUCAAAGCAUUUACGAUUGAGAGCAAUCGGACCAACCAUUCCGCGCAAGUACCUGCACAAUCAGAAAACAGCAGAGGAUGACACAGAUAAUGGUCUCCAAAUGUUUACCCCCAACAUUGAUUCUUGCAUGAAGUGGCUGAAUGAGCAGCCAGAUUCUUCAGUUGUUUACGUGUCAUUCGGGAGUGUGGCACAACUAGAUGCUGCACAGAUGCAAGAACUAGCCUGUGGCAUAAAACAAAGUAAGAAGCAAUUCCUAUGGGUUGUCAGAGCAUCCGAAGAAGCCAAAUUGCCAAAAGGCUUUGCAGAAGAAACUUCCGCGCAAGGUAUGAUAGUGCAUUGGUGUUCUCAGAUGGAUGUUCUGGCACACAAGGCAUUAGGAUGUUUCGUAACACAUUGUGGAUGGAAUUCGACUCUAGAGGCACUCUGUUUAGGAGUUCCAAUGGUGGCAAUACCUAUAUGGACUGAUCAAGGGACUAAUGCCAAAUAUGUUGCUGAUGUUUGGAGGAUGGGGAUGAGAGUAGAUGUUGAUAAAAAUGGAGUUUUUACAAGAGAGAUGGUACAACAUUGCAUAAGAGUAGUGAUGGAUGGGGAGAAAGGGAAGGAGAUAAAAAUGAGUUGUAGGAAAUGGAUGGAAAUGGCAAGGGAAGCAGUGAAAGAAGGUGGAAGCUCAGAUAUAAGCAUAAAUGAGUUUGUUGCUAGCUUGACUCAACAGUGCAAUCCAUGACUUUCUUACAUGGUCUUUGACUCUUUUCCCUUGACUAGGCUUGGGAUAAUUGGAUUCAAGAAUUUACUUCUGUUAACGUUGUACAAUCUUUCUUGCUUUUCAUUCUAAUCUGAAUGAUAUAGAGAUUUUAAGGUU